AUUGAAAGCCAACACUGGCCACAGGACAAGAGGAACACUCUGUCAAAGGGAGGGUGACUUGGGGCUCUCAGAAAGUCGGAGAAGCCAUGGCUAGACUUGCGUCUCAGCAAUUGAGCUCCUCCUCCCUUUCAUCACCACUAACAAAGCUCACAAGGUGCAAUGCCAACCAGACGUGUGGCGUGACUAGUUCAGAGAAAUUCCCUUGCUUCCCAACAGCUCGAAAUUGUGGCACUAGAACCACUUCUUCUAACUCUCAUCCCUCCUAUAACCCCCUUCUCUGUCAAAAAGCUCAACCCGCAACCAGACAAAGAUUAUAUGCAAAGAAAGGGCGGAGGCUGGUGGUAAGGGCAAGCACUGACUUUGAUGGACUAAAUGCGAGCGAGCUGUUUGACGCAAACAAGAAAGAGACCAAAGAAGUGGACGAUGGGGGUAUUCAGACGGGGAUAGAUAGCCUGCCAGAGAUUCCUCGAGACAUGGACGAAAUCACGGAUGAGAUGAGAGCCAUACAGCCCCCAGGUACUAAGGACACAGACAUAAGAUACAUGCGGAGGGCGUUACGGCUGGCGGUCAUGGCCCGUGGGUACACGUCCCCAAACCCAAUGGUUGGGUGCGUUAUAGUAAAAAACGGAACGGUGGUGGGUGAGGGCUGGCAUCCAAAAGCGGGAGAGCCUCAUGCGGAGGUCUUUGCGCUGGCAGACGCCCGCUCCGAAGCCCAGGGGGCCACUGCUUACGUCACCCUCGAGCCAUGCAAUCACUACGGCCGGACGCCUCCAUGUACGGAAGCGCUCAUACGAGCCAAAGUGAAAAAGGUCGUCGUGGGGUGCGUGGACCAGAACCCGUUGGUGGGGGGUAAAGGCAUCGAACGGCUACGAGAGGAAGGCAUCGAAGUGCUGGUGGGAGUGGAAAACUACGCAUGCAAGGAGCUCAACAUCCCCUUCUUCUACAGGACGAAGUACAAGAAGCCGUACCAGAUGCUCAGGUACGCGCUGUCGCUGAACGGGCGGUCGCAUGCGGAGAUGGUGGACAGCGCGACGCGAGAGCACCUGCACAUGUUCCUGGCGGACUACGACGCGACGAUCGUCAGCUGGAAGAGCCUGCCGCUCUCGGGCUGGGACCUGCAGUGCAUGAUCGAGGGGACCAACCAGCCCGUGCGCGUGGUGGUCGGCAAGUCGUGGGGGGCUGACGACAGCCUGGCGUGGCUGACGGACGAGGUGACGAACCAUCCGGUGUGGAAUACGGCCAACGCGCCCCUAAUACUAGCGCUCUGGCACAACAAAACUAGUCCGCAGCUGCAGAAACUAGAAAGCAUGGGGGUCGAGGUGCGGCGCUUCGCCCCCGGGAUCCACGUACAAGACGCGGUCAUCCCCAUCUUAUACGAUAUGGGCUGCUGCUCCACAGUCUGGCUCGGCAACCCCUGCGAAGACGUCAUCGAAGUGCAGCAAAUAUACGCAUAUGCGGUCCCCUAUUAUAAUUUAGAAGGCGGCCUCCCUGCCCCGCAGUUUACGUAUACAAAUGGGACUCCGUCAGAAAACCACAAAGACGGGUGGCAUUUUCUGUCAAAUACGCAGCUGUUCCUGACGCCGUCGUCAGCGUGCUUGCGGGGAAGCUCCCCAGGGCUGCUAUAAUUGACGGUGUUAGUAUAAGCGGAAGAGCAGGCGAUAGGGUAUGCUGACACAGAGUCGAAGCGGUUAGUAAGAAAAGACAAUAGUGUCACUUAAGAGAAUGUAAACCGAACCUGAGGUCGGGGCUGGGUCUCGGAAGGGAAAGCAAAACUUGAAGCCGGCCUCGGACUCAAGUCUGGCAGUAUUUGCCGGACACGGAAUUUUGACUCGAAUUGCAAGAAGACGACCGACGUAGCAACGCGAA